UGUAUUCACCCCAGCUACCAGCUUCUCCAGGCCUUGCCUGCUGGGUGAUGACGGUGGGGCCAGGUUGGUGACAUAAUAAAGGAGCUCGGCCCGUGGUCCGACCGGCUCUCAGAGCCUGCACAGACGUCCGAAGGCUUCUCUUUGCAGGAGUUUCUGCAGGUUUCUUACUCCUGUGGUCUCCCGAUUCUCGGAGUAAGAUGAAAACCUCUGGCCUUGCCUUUGGUCUUCUCUCUGCUAUAUUUUAUCUCCUCUGCACUCCUUCAUCUGGGCUCCAGACCCUCCAUUUGGGAAGCUGUGUGAUCAUCACAAACCUCCAGAAAAUACAGAGUGAAUUCUCUGAGAUUCGGGACAGUGUGCAAGCCAAUGACCAAAACAUCGACUUCAGAGUCUUAAGGAACGCUGGAUCUUUGCAAGACACAGAGCCUUCAGACCGGUGCUGCCUCCUCCGCCACUUACUCGGACUCUACCUGGACAGAGUAUUCCGGAACUACCAGACUUCUGAUCAUCACACGCUCCGGAAGAUCAGCAGUCUAGCGAAUUCCUUUCUGACUAUCAAAAAGGACCUCCAGCUCUGUCAUACCUACACGACAUGCCAUUGUGGGGAGGAAGCAACGGAGAAAUACAGGCAGAUUCUGAGUCACUUUGAGCAGCUUGAGCCUCAGGCAGCCGCAGUGAAGGUCCUGGGGGAGCUAGACAUUCUUCUGCGCUGGAUGAAGGAGACAGAACAGGGGUGAAGGGAGUCUGCUGAGAGUACUCCUGGCCAAGAGCCCCAGGCCUCAGGAUCCCAGGGACACCACCGAAACCACCAUCUCUUCACCGUGAAUUAAUUCAGUGCUGGUCACCGUGCAUAUUAUUUAUUAUUUCUUUCUUUACCUAGUUGUCUUUAAAUGCCCCCCAUCUCAACUUAGACCAUAUCUUUACAAGAGUUUUAGAACACCUGAUGUUGGAUAUAUUUAUUGAUUAAUAUAUUUAUUUAUUUUUGCUGUUGAACUUAUUUUU